UGCCGUGCUGCCCGGGGCUCGCCGCCCGCACCCGCCGUCGGGGCACCGCUGCCGCCCGCCGCAGCCUCCCCGGCCAGGGCAUUUCUUGGUGUUUCCUCGCGUUGUUCCCUCCGUUUCCCCGCUCUGACCGGCCGGCUCUCGCUGCCGGAGGCUCCGCCGGGUCGCGGCUCUCGGGGCAGCCCCGCUCCCGGGCCAUGAGCGCCGCGGGCCCCGGGCCCGGGCCCGGCCCCGACCCCGGCCCGCAGCAGGGGGAACCGGGGCACGGCCCCGGCCCGGCCCGGCCGGACAGCCCGCAGGAGGAGUUCGACUUCUCCAUCCUCUUCGACUACGACUACCUGAAGCCCAUCGAAGAAGAACCGACUCCACAUAAAACCAACAGCCCACCCUCUGGAGUUACAUACGCUCAUGAUGUCUUGGACUGUGGCCUCAAGCCAUGCCCCCUGCCUUUUCCUAGCCUUCCUGCAGAUCCCAUGGGCAGAUAUGGACAGCCAGAUAGCAUAGGGCCAACACCUCCACACCCUGCCAACGCUGCAGGGGCCUCUGCUCCGAGCCCUAGGAUUGAAAUAACUCCAUAUCAUGAACUGAUUCAUUCGGGGGGUCCCUUCCGCAGCAGAGACACAGAUGUUCUGUUGGCAGAACAUCAGCCAAACUCAGCCACCACUAGCCCGAGGGUUACCCUGCCUGUCCCUGGCUUUGAGGGCUACAGAGAACCACUGUGUCUGAGCCCAGCUAGUAGCGGCUCCUCUGCAAGUUUCAUUUCAGAGACAAAUGUAUCUCCUUGCACAUCACCAUGUGUUUCACCAAAUAAUGGUCCUAGUGAUGACCUUUGUCCACAGUUUCAAAACAUCCAUACUCAUUAUUCUCCUAGAACCUCUCCAAUAAUGUCACCACGAACAAGCAUCACGGAGGAAGCCUGCUUGGGACGCCACUCACCAUCACCCUGUCCCAACUCAAGGUCCUCGUCGCCAGGUGCAAAGCGGAGGUUCUCUUGCACCGGGCUCUACGGCACCCCGCUGCCCUCCGCCUCUCCUCGGCAGUCACGGAGCCCCUCUCCACAGCCCUGUCCUCGCGUGCCCCCGAGAGAGGACACCUCUGCAGUCACUUACACACAGCUGGCCAGCGCUCCCCUUUCCAUGGAUGCUAUGAGCAGCCUCCCCGCGGAUCCUUCCUGCGGCGUCCCCACGAAGAUCUGGAAGACCAGCCCCGAUCCUUCGUCCAUGUCUUCCCACAAAAACAGCAUUCCGUGUCACGUCUUUCAGACCGUUGACUUCCACGGGCCCUGUGAGCAGGAGGACAGGAGAAACUCGGCCCCGGAAUCCAUUCUGUUGGUUCCUCCAUCCUGGACAAAGCAGCUGGUGCCUGCAAUACCAAUCUGCAGCCUGCCCGUGCAGUCCCUCCCUCCCCUGGAGUGGCCCCUGUCCAGCCAGUCUGGCUCCUACGAGCUGCGCAUCGAGGUGCAGCCCAAGCCCCACCACCGCGCGCACUACGAGACCGAGGGCAGCCGCGGCGCCGUCAAGGCUCCCACCGGCGGCCACCCCGUGGUCCAGCUGCACGGGUACAUGGAGAACAAGCCCCUGGGGCUGCAGAUCUUCAUUGGCACGGCGGACGAGCGCAUCCUGAAGCCCCACGCCUUCUACCAGGUGCACCGCAUCACGGGCAAAACCGUCACCACCACCAGCUACGAGAAGAUCAUCGGCAACACCAAAGUGUUAGAGAUCCCCCUGGAGCCCAAAAACAACAUGAAAGCAACCAUCGACUGCGCGGGGAUCCUGAAGCUGCGCAACGCGGACAUCGAGCUGCGCAAGGGCGAGACCGACAUCGGCCGCAAGAACACGCGGGUGCGCCUGGUGUUCCGCGUGCACAUCCCCGAGCCCAGCGGCAGGAUCGUGUCCCUGCAGGCCGCCUCCAACCCCAUCGAGUGCUCCCAAAGGUCUGCUCAUGAGCUUCCAAUGGUUGAAAGACAAGACAUUGACAGCUGCCUGGUUUAUGGAGGACAGCAGAUGAUCCUCACUGGACAGAAUUUCACAGCAGAGUCCAAGGUGGUGUUCACAGAAAAAACAUCAGAUGGACAGCAGAUCUGGGAAAUGGAGGCAACGGUGGACAAAGACAAGAGCCAGCCUAGCAUGCUUUUUGUGGAGAUUCCCGAGUACAGGAACAAGCACAUCCGCACAGCCGUCAAGGUGAACUUCUAUGUCAUCAAUGGCAAAAGAAAAAGAAGCCAGCCCCAGCAUUUCACCUAUCACCCAGUACCAUCAAUCAAAACAGAGCCCAUUGAUGACUAUGAUCCAGCCCUAAUCUGCAGUCCAGUGCACAGUGCUCUGGGGACAGUAACACAGCCUUACUAUUCACAGCACUCAAUGGCCACCGAGUCCCCUUCCUGCCUCGUGGCCACCAUGGCUCCUUGCCAGCAGCUGCGCUCAGGCCUCUCCUCUCCCGACUCGCGGUACCAGCAGCAGAACCCGGCUGUCAUUUACCAGAGGAGCAAGAGCCUGAGCCCCAGCCAGCUGGGCUACCAGCAGCCCGGCCUGAUGGCCGCGCCCGUGGCCAUGGCGGACGCGCACAGGUCCGUGCUGGUGCACGCCGGCUCCCCGGCCCAGAGCGCGGCCGUGCUGCAGCACUCCCCGCAGUCGUCUCCCGUCAUCCACUACUCUCCAACCAGCCAGCAGCUGAGGUGCGGCGGCCACCAGGAGUUCCAGCACAUCAUGUGCUGUGAGAAUUUCACGUCGCGGCCCGGCCAGGCGCAGGCGGGCCAGGCGCAGAGGCUCAGCCCCAGCGCGUACCCCACGGUCAUCCAGCAGCAGCAGCAGCAGCAGCAGGCGGCCCCGGGCCAGCGGGCGGCCAAGAACGGGCCACCAGGCAGUGAGCAGAAGGACGUGCUGCCCGCAGGAGUGACCAUCAAGCAGGAGCAGAACCUGGACCAGGCCUACCUGGACGAUGAGCUGAUAGAUACACACCUUAGCUGGAUACAAAACAUUAUAUGAAAAAGAAUGACUGUGAUCUUUGAUCCAAGCAAUCAAAAAGAAAGUUAACGAAAUUAUCAGGAAGGAAUUUUCUGGACUCCCUGCCAGAAGUCAGACAUAGAAGAAGAGAUUUGUGAGACAACUUUUACCGAACCCUUCCAUAAGUGACCUCUUAGAUCCUUCAGUGCCCCUGCAACCCCCGGCUUCCUUCACAGUUCAUCUCCAGGCAGAGACUCAGUGCAAGGAACAAUGAAUUGGCACCAAGUGACAGCCUUGGCUGAGCACCUCGCCACCUCUGUGUGUAAACAGCACGAAGGACACCCUUCCUUUCAUCCAGAGACCACAUUGUUCUCCUGGAACAGAGCAUCUGUCUGAGGAAACACUUCAAGCCUGCUGCAAGCCAUGUGUCUGUGCGUCCGUCCAUCGCGGGAGACAGAGCUGUCCCCUGGGCAGGGCUCAGAGCCUGGGGUGGCCCCUGGGGGUGGGCAGGGGGGAACAAAGAGUCAUCUAUUCCGUGGAAGAGCAGCACCAUCCUGCAGGUGAUGUGCCCUCCAGGUUUCCAAGCCCUCCUGAGCAAUGUUAUUAUUGCAGGGAACUGAGGCAGCCGAGCUCACUCAGCCUUCUUCCAGUCCAGGAUCAAAAGCCAGUUUGCUCUGAGCACUGUGGUUGGUAUUUCAAAUAGGAGAUCCCAGCUGAAUCCAGGGAUUUUCUUCAUUUUUCUUGUCAGACUGGAUAGGAAUUUGAAGGAGAGGGAUUCUCAUAACCAACCAGUGAAAAGAGCAAUUCAGCAGUUGCAAUGCCUGCCCCAAGGUAAAAUAAACCCAGGUAAACCAGAGAUUAAUAUAUAGGAGUCACAGUAAACACCAAAGAUUUUAUGAUUGAUCCUUAUUAGUAUUAGGCAGUGUAUGAACACAUCUUAGAUAUUUUCUCUCUAACAAAUGGUUGCUGUUUCUUUUCAUGUAGAACCUGCUCUUGGCUCAUAACUUGUCUCAUUUAGCAGCUGGAACAUUUACUCACCUAAGCUGCAGAGGAAAAUAAUUGCAUCUUACAGAAGCCAUACAUUCCAGAGAAAAUAGACACUUAUUUAUAUUCACCUGGCCUCUUUAGCUUUGCAACGCUACCAGCAGUUCCUGGAAAGGUUCCAUUUCCAUGGGAGUUAGUAUUUUGUUAUGUUUUGCUUCGUGUGUUAGAAUAUCCUGUCCUGACUCCUGCUUAGCACAUUCCAGGUAACCACUGCCACCUGCAGUUUAGAAUAUUUAGGGGAGUCAGGUUGGAAUAUUUAGGGGAGCCAGGGGUAAAAAGGCUUCUGAGUGGGAAAUCAGUGUACAGUGAAAGAUAGCCAUAAUAUUUUAGGAAUUACAUAGUAAUCUUUCCUGGUUUUAUAAAUAAGGAAUGCUGAUAUUUUCGGGAAUGCAGAGCCUGAGUUCUGCUCUAGAGCACAGUGAAAUUAAUCCAGUUUUCAGUUGUGUCACAGUAAACUUGGCGGAAUACCAGUGUGUCCCCUGCUCACAGCAGGAAUGAGGGAUGGGAAUUCAGCAGAGCAGCCUCCAAAGUGGUUCCCCAAUAUCUCAAGAAAGAUUUUGCACAAUCCCUGCAGAGCGUGGCUUGGCCCGACAGAAAUCUCUUCAGGACUAUCAGGAAGAAUAUAUUUUCUGCCAGUGAAAACUGGUGCUUAAACUCUGCAGGGUCUUGGGGUUAGAGUGGCAAACAGAAGCAUUGGGUUCUUCAGAACACCUGAGCUGGGGCUCAGCUAGAAUUCGGCUCUUGAACAGAAAUCUGAAUUUCAGGAGAAUUUCUGAACUCCAGAUUCAGCCCAGCUCAGAUCCAGAACCAGAGCAGAGCCCUGCACAUGCCAGCCUGGCAUUAUUGGCACCCCAGGCUUCUGUUCAUGCUUUGUGAGGGUCAGACCUUUCACCCCAGAAUGAUUUCCCUGUAUCCCCACACCCAGAACUGCCGGGGUGCCUCACCCUGGUGCUCUCCUGGUGAGCUCUGCCCUGCAGGUGCCCCGGCCAAGCCCAGCCUGGAGCUGCAGAGGUGAAAAUGGCUUUUUGUAAUCGCUGCCUUUGCAGGAACAGAAGUGAGGCCGGCCUUGCUGCAGAGGGGAUUCCUGUUAGACAGCACUCAGCAGGGCUGGCUGGCUCACACACCUCAAAAAGCUGUUCUGGAUUGUUAAAAGCUGUCCGUGGGCCAGCAUCUGACACAUAUUAAGGGGUUUUUAGUGCAGUCUGACGAAUUAGACAAUUUGGACAUAUUCUAAAGGCCAAAAGUUGCCUUGUCAGAAGUUCUGUGCUAUAGCUGAGUUAAAGAACAGACCAAAUGCAUCUCCCACUUUCACACUUGGAUGUAUCAAACGUUUUCCAUGAUCCAACCUGUAAAGUACAGGAGAAAUGUAAAAAACAACCCAGAAACCCAUCCACAGAAAAAAAAAAAUCCUCAGUUUACUGGCAGAACCUUCUCUUUUGCUGGAUUUUAAAUUGAAGCUGAAAGAAGCCCAGGAAGGUCUUUUCAGAUCUGGGAUGUGCUGCUGCUGCUGCUGCUCUGGUGAUUUUCUGCAGCAGCUACUCAUCAAUUUCAGAGAAUAAUUUUUGCAUAUUUAUUUUUAGAUAAUAUCAAUUUAGAAAAGGGGUUGGAAGUAAAAUCUAAUGCUGGAUCUGAGCAAAAGAAAAGGUCAGUGUUUAAAUUCUACCUUCUGGAUUGUAGAUGCUGAAACGUCCUUUAAUUAAAUUAACCCCCAGAAGGAAGGAGUAGCUGAAACCUUGGGUUUGGAGCAAAGGCUGUUCAGCAGACAGUGCUGCACAGGAGCUCCCUGCAGCCAAAGGACACAGAUUUCCACUGUGCUCAUGUGUUCUUCAGGCCCUUUGCUACACUGGGGACAGAGGGUUGGGGCUUGAUUUGUUGGAUUUUUGGGGGUUGCUUUUUUUUGUUUGGU